AUGUGUCGUAUGAUUCAGACAGAAUUUCACAUCUCACGUCUCAGACCAAGGGUGAAGGGCAUUAUUCACAAGUGCAAAACGUGCAUCAUCUUCAAGAAGAAGCCUUGCUCCCAGAUUAUGGCUCCGCUCCCUCUUGACAGAUGUACAAUAACACCACCAUUUCACGUGACGGGCAUAGAUUUCGCAGGGCCCUUUGAUCUCAAAAGUUCAGCUCUUCGCAGAGCCCCUCUCUUAAAGGGUUAUGUAAGCAUUUUCGUGUGCUUCUCAACAAAGGCUGUGCAUUUAGAGCCAUGCUCCGAGCUCUCCACGGCGGCAUUUGAAGCCGCCUUUUCUCGAUUCGUUGGGAGGCGAGGCCUACCUCGUAAGGUAGUAUCUGAUAAUGGCAGGAAUUUCGUGGGUGCCAGUCGAAAGAUGCUACGAGAGUUUAGGAGUUUCAUUCAGGUUGCAGCAAGCGACAUUGCUGAGAGGUACUCUACACAGGGCUUUGAGUGGCAGUUUAUACCCCCUCAUGCUCCACAUAUGGGUGGGCUUUGGGAAUCGGCCGUGAAAUGUUUUAAGCACCAUUUCAGGAGAGUGGCUGGCGCUCAUUUAUUCACGUUCGAGCAAUUUGCCACAUUACUUGCUCGUAUUGAAGGAGUUCUGAACUCUCGCCCCAUCUCUGCCGUCUCUGAGGAUCCGAAUGAUCUCACGGCGCUGACUCCCGGACAUUUUUUGAAAGGCGCUCCGAUAAUGUCAUUUCCCGAGCCUUUGGCUGGGGAUAUCUCCGUGGUAAAUAGGUGGGUGAAGUUGAAGGCCAUCCAUCACCAGUUUGCUAUACGAUGGAAAGAGGAGUAUCUGAGGACGCUGCAGAAGCGUUAUAAAUGGAAGACCACUUCUCCCAAUGUGAAGGUCGGUGAUCUUGUAGUCGUAAUGGACGAUCUACUACCGCCUAGUGACUGGCGACUGGGAAGAGUGUCUAAGACCUACAGCGGUUCCGAUAGGAACACCAGAAUUGCGGAUGUGAAGAUCGCAUCCGGGGUCAUUACUCGACCAAUCGUUAAACUAUGUCACUUACCCAUACUUGAUCAAACCCAAUAG